UAUCAAAAUCAAACCCUUUGCUCAUAAAUAAAUAAUCGAGUUGACUCUCUAGCCACAAUGUUGAAAGUUGAGACAUCUCAUGAGCUCUAAACGAGCCAGCUCACGAGUUGAGCUCAACAGUCCACCUAGUCGAACUAGCUCUGCGAGCUGCAGAAAACUUAGCUCAAACUCGACUCAUUAAUACACAAGUCGAGUCUCGAAUGAAUUUUUUUCGAGUGAAACGCUGAAUCAGCUCGACUCAUUUACAACCCUAGAAGUAGGUGAACAUAGCCGUGCCCUGAAAGGCGAAAGCUGCACAGGUUCCGACGAAGAAAAAGCAGACAACCAAAAUGCCAUUUCUUCUAUGCUGCUGGGUCCCGUACGGGUCCGGUGUCCGUUGGUUGUAUAACCUUUCCCUUUUCCCAACGCCUGGCCUGACAGGCAAAGGGUUUCCCUCGCUCGCUCGCACCAUUUUUUCCCUCCACUCUCUCCCUCUACCUUAACGCUGCGCGGCACUCACUCUCACCCUCUCUCCUUGCCGUUUGCUACUGAAGAGAGAUAACUCUGCCUUUCCCGUUUUCCUUCUUUGUCUUUUCUUCUCUUCUUUUUUCUCCCUUUUCUCCCUUCUUUCUUGAGCCGCACCCAUUAUCGAGGCCCUCACUUUUCCAUCUGCCCUUGCUUUCUCCCCUUUCUCCACUCUCACUUCUUUGCUCACUGGAGAAUUCCUGUUCUGGGUUCUCUCUCAUUCUGUUUCCCCGUCAUCCAUUUUCCCAUUUUGGGUUCCACUUCUGCAAUUCCAUCCUUCCCCUGUUUCCCCACCUCUCUCUCUCUCUCCGUAGCAUUCAUUGCUAUUUCUGACUGCCAUCUUCAGGUUUCCGUUUAACACCCUGCUUCUGUGAUCUGUCCCUCCCGUUUUUAUGACUCUGCUUCCACCUCAACUACCUCCGUUUGCAUAGCAUUGAUUUCCCACUACUACGUCCGUCUGCUCCUCUGUUACCCUGCUGCCGCCAUUGAAGCUGCCUCUCCCAUCUCUGCUCUCACUUUCCCCUUCCUCUUUCCUCCAAACCCUCAAAUUUUCUUCUGGGUCUUCUGCCGUUCCAUUCCCUACGCCUUAUGCAGCAGCUUAGCUAACUUCAAUUCGGGAGCUUUUUUCUUCAACCAUCUGGGGGGAAAGGAAAAAGAAACAGAGACAAGUGAAACAAAGAAUGGGUACCACGAGCUCGAAGCAGGAGAAAAUUGAAGCAUUACGCCUGUGCAAAGAGCGGAAGAGGUUCAUAAAGCAAGCAAUUGAUUCCAGGUACAAUCUUGCCGCAGCUCACGUCUCUUACAUCAACUCCCUGAAAAACAUUGGCAUAGCUCUCCGCCGCUUCGCCGAGGCCGAGGUGCUCAUCGAGUCCUCUCUUUCGACUGCCUCCGUCACCGAGCUCGACAAUGACAAGUCUCCUUCACACUCAUCCUACCCUUCACCUUCCCCUACUCACCAUGCCGACGCUUCCGACUCGCCGUUGGACGCCGCCGUCUCCCCGCCGGUGAUGCACGUCAGCUACAUGAAAUCCGCAGGCGGCGGCGGCACUGCUGCUACUGUGGUCACGGUCAAACUCAAUAACGUGCAGAAUGCGAAUAGGAUUAGCGUUGAUGGGUUCGACGAAGAUGAGGGUUUGGGAUUCUCCAUGCCAAUGCCGCCCCCGCCUCCGCCGUUUAGUGGGUCUUGGGACUAUUUCGACACAAGUGAUCAUUCUGAGAGCUUUAUGUUUCCAGCGCAGAAUGAGUUGGGGUUUGACUUCCAUGACACGAGAAAGUGGAAUGGAAGGGUUUCGAGUGAUGAUCAUGGUGUAAUAGAUGCUAAGGGGAAAUUGGCACAGUCUGGUUUUCUAGAUGGUAGUAUCACUGCUCAAGCUCCCGCUAAUGGUGACAAUGCAAGGCAUGGAGUGGAGGGAAAUGUUCCGAGGAUCUCAGGUGCGAAAGAAAGCUAUUCAAUGAGGCCCAAGGGAGGUGAAGACAGCCAGCCAGAUACAGUGAGGAAAGCUUGCAAUGGGCCAUCCGUUGAAAUCUUAGUUGCAAAGAAGGAGAAAGCAACUGUAUUAAAAGGGUUAUCAGCAGAAGAGAGAGAAGAUCCUUCUGAGUUCAUUACCCAUAGAGCUAAGGAUUUUCUUUCGAGCAUAAAGGAAAUUGAACAUCGUUUCUUCAGGGCAUCCGAAUCAGGGAAGGAGAUUUCCAGAAUGCUUGAAGCUAAUAAUAUCAGGGUAGGAUACUCUGAGCCAAAAGGAAAGUCUUCUGCAAUAUUAGUUCUGGAAGCUUUCAAUCUUGUUUGCUGCCAGGGAAGGACUGCACUUGUUUCUAAUGAACCUGGGGAAGAUGUAACGAAGGUCAUAACUUGGAAGAGAACAACAUCAUCGAGGUCAUCCUCGUCUCGAAACCCACUCACUAAUGGGGCAAAAGAUGAUGAUGUCUCUGAUAGUGGUAGCGAAUUUAUUGAGGAGUUCUGCAUGAUUUCAGGAAGCCAUUCCUCCACCCUUGACCGACUCUAUGCUUGGGAGAGAAAACUCUAUGAUGAAGUUAAGGCCAGUGAAUGUAUUAGGAAAGAGUAUGAUCAAAAGUGUGAUAAGCUGAGACACCAAUUUGCGAAAGAUCAUAGUGCUCAUGUUAUCGACAAGACUAGGGCAGUUGCGAAAGACCUACACUCACGGAUAAGAGUUGCAAUUCAUUCUGUGGACUCCAUAUCAAAAAGAAUCGAGAAGAUUAGAGACGAAGAACUGCAUCCUCAACUCCUGGAGCUAGUUCAAGGGUUAAUCCGGAUGUGGAAGGCUAUGCUGGCAUGCCACCAUGCACAGUACAUUACCAUCUCCUUAGCAUACCAUUCGAGAAGUACUACAACGACAGCAACAACCCCACAAGGAGACACCCGACGGCAAGCCUUGUCCCAGUUACUGCAAGAGAUCGAGUGUUUUGGAUUGGGGUUUGCAAACUGGGUCAACAGUCAUACAUCAUAUGUCCAAGCUCUUAACGGGUGGCUACUGCACUGCAUCAUGCAACAACCACAAGAGCGAUCGAAGAACAGGAGGCCUUUCUCCCCACGCAGAGCUCUGGCCCCACCUAUCUUCGUUCUCUGUCGAGAUUGGUCUGUCGGCAUCAAAUCCUUGCCAUCUGAGGAACUCAGCAAUGCGAUAAAAUCAUUUUUGGCCGAGGUGGACCAGUUGAUGCAUCAUCAGCAGACGGUAGUAAAGAAUGAUGGUGAUGGAGCCCACCAAGAAACAGAUUCCAAAGUUGAUGCUGAGAAGAAUAACGAUGAUGUAUCUGCAAACUUGAGUUGCAUCCACGCCAGUCUAGCGAAGGUUCUAGAUAGACUAAACAAGUUCUCUGAAGUUUCUCUGAAAAUGUACGAGGAUAUUCGGCAAAAGAGUGAAGCUGCGCGAGUUGCAUACUCGACUUGCAGACCGGUUAGAUUCUGAAGCCGUCGGUAAUCACGAUACGUUUAAGCAGGCAGCAUUUUGAUUUCGGUAGAGAUCUUUAAUGGAAAUAUUACUAAUGUGAAUGUCAAGUACUGGAAUUUAAGUUAUUGAGAGUUGAAAUAGAGAAAGUCUAAUUGAAAAGUAAACUAUUAUAUGUUCAUUCACAUCUCAAAUACUAUACAAAGUAUUUGAUAUCAUUAAUCAAUCCAAAUUGGUUUAACGAUCACCAUCCCCAACCAAUCUUUGUCUUGCCCAACCAUGAUACAUUAUGUGUAUAAAUAUAAUGAUGUACGAGUAGAGGUGGCAAAUGGAUUGGAUUGGUGGUUCCAUGAAUCAAAUGGAUUGGAUCUAAUGGAUUGUGGAUUCAUGGAUUGGAUCAAGUGGAUUGGUGGAUUAUCCAUUAAUCCAAAUGACAUCCUCAACCACGGACCAAUAUGUAAAAUGUAAAAAGUUUGGGUACUAAAAUGUCAUAAUGAAAAAUUUUAGGUACCAAAACGUAAUUUUCCAAUGAUAUUUUUCGUACAAAAAAAAUUUUAGGUACCAAAAUGUAAAAAAUAAAAAUUAUAGGUACCAAAACGUAAUUUGCCAAUGAUCCAUGGAUCCAAUCCAUGAAUCCACCAAUCCAAUUGGAUUUGGAUAAAAUGGAUUGGAUUUAAAUGGAUUGGAUUAGGGGGAUAUUUUUAAUGGAUUGAUGGAUUGGAUUGGUGGAUUGGAUUGAAAUUGCCACCUCUAUGUACGAGUAUCACGAAGAUGGUGAUCGGUGAUCAUGCAAUUCUACCUUCUGGUCAUAACAAUACACGAACCAGAACAUAUAGUGGCGUCUUCGGUGCACUCACUUUUUUGGGUGCAUUUAGUGCACUCACUUCAUAACGGUCAUUUUAAACAUGCGAUUUAUGUCAAAAUGAUGUCAUUCAUCACUUAUGAUGUGAUGAAUAAUAACGCACAUGAAUUUGCACAAAAACCAUUGAAGAUUUACUUUAAUUUGAAGGAUUUAGAGUUUAGAGAUAGGGUUAGGGUUUACAAUUUGGGGUUUAGUGAUAGAACUCAAAAUUGGAGGUCUAGGGCUUAGGGUAAUCCACUAAUUAGUUGUUAUCAUCUGUUAUAUCAUCAUAUUAUACUAAUUCUACAAAUUAAAAUUCAAAAUCCGACACCUUAAGACUAGUUUUUGAGUUGGGUGCAUUGAGCGCACUCAUUUUUAUGAGUGUACUGAAGUAGUCACCACACACACACAUAUACAUACAUAUAUAUAUAUAUAUAUAUAUAUAUAUGGUGGCGUUUUCAGUGCACUCACUUUUUUGGGUGCAUUCAGUGCACUCGCUUCAUAAUCGUCAUUUUAAACAUGCGAUUUAUGUUAAAAUGAUGUCAAUCAUCACUUAUGAUGUGAUGAACAAUAAAGCACAUGAAUUUGC